AUGCAGUUUCAUUCCAUACUCCAUUUCAUACUGCUGGCAUGCUUCGUAGGCAAAUCUUUUGCUCAAGAAGAUGAUACGGCCAACAAUGCAACAACACAAUCGCCAACAAACACCAUCAUGUCACCAUCGGUGGCUCCAACUCGGGAUCCCUUCACCUUCAGACGUCCUCUGAAUACAGUUCAAGUACGCUUGUUGGGCACUUACAGUUCUUUUAAGCAAGAAGAAUUGUUGGAUUCCCUCAAGAUUCUAUUGCAAAAUUCCUUGUACAAUGCCAUGGUGGACUACUUUCAAGUAGAUGAUGAGUCUUCCGAACAACGACCAUUUGAUCAGCAACCGAAAGUUGGUAAGAGUAUUCUUUCUAUUGUGUCCUUGGAAUGGACUUCUACAAGAUUCCAGGUAGAUGGGGAUCCUUACAUGCACAUACUUCAGGCGAGCGGGUUCUUGGGAUUUAGCCAGUACGAUUAUGUCCUGCUCCAUCCGCAAACGAUUCUGCCGCUACAGGAGAAAAUAAUGGCAGGGGAUAACACCACCAAUCCCAUAUCACUCUCCAAACUAGAGUUUUCGCUCCGGCGCAAUCAUUUAUAUUUCCAGGUGUUGCAAUUCAUAACUGUGGAUGACCCCGAUGAGGAGGAGGAUGCACCCUCACAAGUGCCAACCACAUGGGAGUACGAUGAUGAUGAUGACGGAGAUGGUGCUCUAGAUGGUGAUGAUGACGACGACGAAAUUAUCAAUAACAUUACCGAUCUGAAGGACAAUAGCACCAUCAAUACAGGCUCGGACGAUUAUCUUGACCGUGAUUAUGAUGACGACUAUGAGGCAAAAAGACUCAAGAAGGAUUCUGCCAGUGACAAAACUCUUGUAAUUGCCUUGAUCGUUGCCUGUACAGUAUCGACCCUGGCCUUUGCCAUAUUUUUGAGAUUUGUCUGUAUCAAGUCCAAUCGAAUCAAGAACGAUCGCUUGUUGCGUAAACAAAGCGUCGCCGAUGUGAGUGCCGGUAAAGAAAAGGAUGGUAUUGCUGAUGAAAGUGAACGCAAUAAUGAAAAGGAGAAUAAAACUGGGGAUACUAUAUUGACGGUUAAAUCUUCGGGAACCAUCUCUUCUGCGGCAUCGUCACCCACGACAUCGCCCACCAACAAGACGAACCCAACAGAUAUCGAAGGGGGCGGUGACACAUCUGCAAAUAGGGAAGCAGCAGUGGCACCGACCACGGAAGGUGCUCAAGAAACAGAUGAUGAGACUCAUUUCGAUUCGGCACGGGAAGAAGAAGAUAGCAAGAGCUCAGCAAGUGCCAAUAACUGGGCAACGAUAAUUGGGGAAACGACGAAGAAUCCAAGUGAGCUCACGGCGGUGGGAAAGGAACCACCGGGCUGGAGGCUGCCAUUUUGCAGUAACAUAUCCCCAGCAAAGAAAACCAAUUCCAAGUAUUUCGACAUGGGUGGGGGAUUAUAUGAUUUAUAA